UGGAGUUUGAGCCGAUGCUGAUCCCACAUCAUAAAGACAGGAAGCGGAUGCAGUUAGAACUGAGAGAGGGCUUGACCAGGAUGAGUAUGGACCUUAAGAACAAUUUGCUAGGUUCGCUGCGGAUGGCCUGGAAGUCUUUUACCAGAGCUCCAUACCCCGCCUUACAAGCUUCAGAAACGGCAGAAGAAACUGAAGCAGAACCUGAAUCAACUUCAGAGAAGCCUAGUGAUAUUAACACAGAAGAGAUCUCUGUGACAGUUAAAGAAGUCCUGCCUUUCAAUGUGGGGAUGCUCAAUGGAGGCCAACGCAUUGACUAUGUGCUACAGGAGAAGCCUAUUGAAAGUUUUAAUGAGUAUUUAUUUGCUUUACAAAGCCAUCUGUGCUACUGAUGGAGU